GUAGCGGCGCUGGAGAGGCAAAUCUUUGAUUUCCUGGGGUACCAGUGGGCACCCAUCCUGGCUAAUUUUUUGCACAUCAUGGCCGUUAUUUUGGGUAUUUUUGGGACCAUCCAGUACAGAUCCAAAUACCUCAUGAUGUACGCGGUGUGGCUGGUGCUGUGGGUCGGCUGGAACGCCUUCAUCAUCUGCUUCUACCUGGAGGUCGGACGCUUGUCGCAGGACCGAGACUUCAUCAUGACCUUCAAUACCUCACUGCAUCGCUCGUGGUGGAUGGAAAACGGGCCGGGCUGCCUGGUGACGCCGGUGAUGAACUCUAACCUGGCACCUGAGGACCAUCACGUCAUUACCGUCAGCGGCUGCCUGCUCGACUACCAAUACAUCGAGGUAGUGAGCAGUGCCACGCAGAUAUUCCUGGCGCUCUUUGGCUUCGUCUACGCCUGCUACGUCAGCAAAGUGUUCCUGGAGGAAGAAGACAGCUUCGACUUCAUCGGCGGGG